UCAGUUCCGCACAAACACAAAUUAACCUCCUCCUCUUCUUCUUCUUCCGCUCUCUAGCUUUGCUUUGCUUGCUUCAUCAAACCCCACACACGCACACAACAACAACAAGAGUAAUCAAAGUAGAAGAAGAUGGUUUCGGCCUUGUUGCGGACGAUCCUGGUGACGGGCGGCGCCGGCUACAUCGGCAGCCACACCGUCCUCCAGCUUCUCCAACUCGGCUUCCGCGUUGUCGUCCUCGACAACCUCGACAACGCCUCCGAGCUCGCCAUCCUCCGCGUCAGGGAACUCGCCGGACACAACGCCAACAACCUCGACUUCCGCAAGGUUGACCUCCGCGACAAGCAAGCGUUGGACCAAAUCUUCUCCUCUCAAAGGUUUGAGGCUGUCAUCCAUUUUGCCGGGCUGAAAGCUGUUGGCGAGAGCGUGCAGAAGCCCCUGCUUUACUACGACAACAACCUCAUCGGCACCAUCACUCUCCUGCAGGUCAUGGCCGCACAUGGCUGCACCAAGCUGGUGUUCUCAUCAUCCGCAACUGUCUACGGGUGGCCCAAGGAGGUGCCCUGCACUGAAGAAUCCCCACUUUGUGCAAUGAACCCCUACGGCAGAACAAAGCUGGUAAUCGAAGACAUGUGCCGGGAUCUGCAUGCCUCAGACCCAAACUGGAAGAUCAUACUGCUCCGAUACUUCAACCCUGUUGGAGCUCACCCAAGCGGGUACAUUGGUGAGGACCCCUGCGGCAUCCCAAACAACCUCAUGCCCUUCGUCCAGCAGGUCGCUGUUGGCAGGAGGCCGGCCCUUACCGUCUAUGGAACCGACUACAACACCAAGGAUGGAACUGGGGUUCGUGACUAUAUCCAUGUUGUUGAUCUAGCGGAUGGUCAUAUCGCCGCGUUAAGGAAGCUCUAUGAAGAUUCUGAUAGAAUAGGAUGUGAGGUGUACAAUCUGGGCACUGGAAAGGGGACAUCUGUGCUGGAAAUGGUUGCAGCAUUCGAGAAAGCUUCUGGAAAGAAAAUCCCGCUUGUAUUUGCUGGACGAAGGCCUGGAGAUGCCGAGAUCGUUUACGCUCAAACUGCCAAAGCUGAGAAGGAACUGAAAUGGAAGGCAAAAUACGGGGUAGAGGAGAUGUGCAGGGACCUGUGGAAUUGGGCGAGCAAGAACCCCUACGGGUAUGGAUCGCCGGACAGUAGCAACUGAUCCAGCUGAAUAUAGGCGUCCAAUCCUCCAGUAGCAGCAGCAGCAGCAUGACUUCUAUACAUAUAUAUAUAUAAUCAUAAAGAAUGAAGAAACAAAGAAUUCGGACUUGUUGAGUUACUACUACUACUACUACUAAUCCCAUCUGAUGGACCGCAUUGUAUAGGGGGCUUGUAGGGGUCCAGCAGCUUCAUCAUCAGUCUCCUUAGGAGGCCUCUAAUAUAAUCUCCAUAUUUAUGGUAGAAAUAAAUUUUGCCCACCGUGGAAGAACUAUAUAAUAGAAUCAUGAUGAUUUGUUGAUUCAU